AAUGAGAACUUCUAGUAAUAAAGAUAGUGAAAACAAUCCUACAAUUGCAAAUCAAUCUACUUCAAGAGCUAAUUUAUCUACAUAUAGAGAAAGAUUUAAGACAUCAAUUAAUUCAAAAUCAAAAUCUCCCUUUAAUUUAGAAACUCCUAAGAAAAACAAACUUUUAGAAGAAUAAUAAAGAAUAAUCUAAUAAUUAAUUUCUAAAAUACCUGAUCAACAAUAAUUGGAAGGACAUAAGAAGACAAUUGAAGAGCUUGAGGAUGAAUUAAAUAAAAAGAAUUAAUUAAUUAUUGAAUUAUAAGAUAAAAUUUAGAAUGAAGAAGUGUAUUUGACUCUUAAUCAAAGAAUUUUGGAGAUCAACAAAAAUUUAGACAAUGUAAUAUAAUAAAAUUAGAAUCUAAUUAAAGAAAAUGAUACAAUGAAAUUUGAAUUAGGAUAAUUGAGGUUUUUAGAAGAGCAAUAUUAUGCAACAUUAUAAGAAAAUAAAAUCUUAUAGUAAUCAAUUAUUAAUAAUGACUGUUAAUAUGAAAAAAUAUUAUAAUAAUAUGAACUUGAUUGUAAUAAUUAUCGAUAGUCAAUAUUAAAGCUUCAAGAAACUUGUGAAGCAUAAUAAGCAUAAUUGUAAGGUUAGGAGGAGUAAAGAUCUUUUUAAUACUAAUUAUAAUAAUUUGAUAAAAUAAAAGUAUAUAUAUCCAAUAUAUUUAUUAGAAAUUGAUUAAAGAUGAGGUUUAAUGUAUUGGAUAGUUAAUUGCAUAAAUUAAUUAAUAAUUAUAAAAAUAAUUGUCAGAUAUUAUGCCUAAUUCAAUAAAAUAGUUAUAAAAGGAUCUUAGUAAAAAGAAAUAUGUAAUAGAAGAAAAAAUCAAAAGUCUUGAGCAACUCUAGGAUUAAGAUUGUGAAUUAGGAAAGAUAUAGAAUAAUUAAGAAAAUGAUGAAUUGAAGUUAAUAUUAUUGAUGCAAUCUCUUACAAUAGAGAAGAUGAUUGAUUUGUGA